UUACGAUUUGUAUCAGGAAGUUGAAGGGGUCAGCUGACUGGAUUGUGUUGUUAUUGAAGAAGUCACUGAACUGGGUGAUAAUAUACAUUUCAUCAUAAUUUCGCCUAAAUUAAUCGAGUUGCUGCAAAGUAUUGCUCACUCCAACCAUGUUGCGGCCAAAAGCAUUGACGCAAGUUCUCAGCCAGGCAAAUACAAGCGGAGUACAAAGCACACUAUUGUUAAACAAUGAAGGGUCUCUUUUGGCUUACUCUGGCUAUGGGGACACUGACGCUCGAGUGACCGCUGCGAUUGCGAGCAACAUCUGGUCGGCCUAUGACAAGAAUGGGCAUCAAGCUUUUAACGAAGAUAAACUCAAAUUCAUUCUGAUGGAUUGCAUGGAAGGCAGGGUGGCCAUUACACGGGUAGCUAACCUACUGUUGUGCAUGUAUGCCAAAGAGACUGUGGGCUUUGGAAUGCUUAAAGCCAAGGCUGAAGCACUGGUGCUUUAUCUGGAGGAACCUUUAACUCAAGUUGCUGCGUCAUAGGGGAAGUCUGGCUGGAGCGUUGUCUUCCAUUUUGUCUCCCCUGAACAUACAUGAACUCUUAAUGCUGAUGUGAAUGCUUUACCUGGUCUUCAUGAACCACUCCAGUCUGUAUGAAUGAACUGAGUAUUUAUCUUCUGAUUUACUAUAUUUAUACUCAAUAUGCUCUAACUUAAUUCUUGAGUUUUUAGUAAUUUGGCCUUUUGUGGCAUGCAGUUCAAAAGUCAAGCUCAUACUUUGUAAGGCUGGCUAGGUACAUCUUUGAGAUUCAAGAGGACUGCUGAAAAUGCUGACACAUUAACGUUAAGGCAUUCACUGUUUACCCUAGUCAGAAUCUUACAUUUGUCUGUUGCUGCCACGCAAUAAAAUGUAUGAUAUCCCUUUGUAACAGGCUAUCCAUAAGUUGUUGUUUUUUUUCCAAUUGAAAAAUCAAUAAAAAACAUCUUCAGGGAUAUGAAAUAAAUAGUUUUAUGUACUUGA